AUGUCUGCUGUAACUGCGUCACUCUGCUCCACACUGAUGUUUGUCGUGUUCGUCUGUGCAGAUGCUCAGCAGCAAGCUGAGUCUGGACAGAACAUCACUCUGACAUGUCGAGCUCCAAACAUCAACAACACAGCUGUACGUUGGAGCAGAGCUGACCUGGGAAAAAAUUAUGUGCUUUUGUACCGUGAUGGUCACUUUCACUCAGAUGACCAGCAUCCAUCUUUUAAGAACCGGGUGGAUCUGCAGGACAGACAGAUGAAGGAUGGAGACGUGUCUUUGAUUCUGAACAAUGUAACGAUUAAUGACACUGGAACAAAUGAGUGUGUUGACAUUCCCAGAGGUGGAGGCAGUUCGAAGCUCAUCAGCAUCAUCUACCUUCAUGUUGUUCCUCCAGGUGAGUGAGUAGAGUUGAGUGUGUGUGUGAUCAGAGGUGAAGCUGCUUCCUGGUUGUUGAUGUUUGUUUCUAAAGAUGUUGUUGAUGAGACUUUGUAGAAAGCAGCUGGU